CAAAUGGAAGAAGUUCUGAACUUCUGAAAAAAGCGCUUAUUUUCUCGACGCGACUCACGUCAGAAAGGUUGUUUUGAUCUCUGUAGUGCAAAAUAAUAGAUUAUUUGACUUGUUGGGGUACAUAAGUGAUAAAAUCUCGUCAUUUUAUAAAUAUUGAACAUCAGAAGUGUAAAAAGCUAGCGAAAUGAGUGAAACGGAUUUAAUCAAGGAGCAAACGUUUUCCUUGGAAGAAUCGAAUAAAUUCACGGAUGUCGCAGACGCGUUGGGCCAUGGGAACGGAUUAGAUCACUAUGGGAAUCGCAUCAAGGUACGCAUGCCAGUGGAUAGAUAUGCCUCCGAUUACAAUAUGAAUCAUCCGAAGCGCGGACUAGCAUUGGUGUUUAAUCAUGAACACUUUGAGAUACCUCAGCUGAAAUCACGUACCGGAACCAAUGUGGAUUGCGAGAACUUGGCCGCCACACUGAAAUACCUCGAUUUUGAUGUAAAGGUUUAUAAGGAUCUGAAACUGAGGGACAUGCAAAAGGAGGUUGAAAAAGUUGCACUUAUGGACCACACGGACAACGACUGUAUUUGCGUGACUAUUCUAUCGCACGGCGAGCUAGGUUACCUGUACGCCAAAGACUGCCAGUACAAACUAGACAUCAUUUGGUCAUAUUUUACCGCUAAUCGGUGUCCAACGCUUGCCGGUAAGCCAAAAAUAUUCUUCAUUCAAGCCUGCCAAGGAGACCAGUUGGAUUCGGGUAUUUCCUUAGCCGAGCGCACAGAAACAGAUAGCGCUGGGUCAAUGAGCUAUAAAAUUCCAGCCCAUGCAGAUUUUCUAAUAGCUUACUCAACGAUUCCUGGUUUCUAUUCGUGGCGAAACACUCAAAAGGGGUCCUGGUUUAUGCAAUCUCUUUGUCAGGAAAUAAAUCAGCACGGGAAAAAAUAUGAUAUAUUAACUCUGCUAACCUUUGUGGCUCAACGAGUUGCGUACGAUUUUGAAUCGAACACUCCUGAUAUUCCAAUGAUGCAUCAGCAAAAACAAAUCCCGUGUGUGACUACGAUGCUCACGAGACUGUUACGCUUUACAGAUAAGUAAUGGUUCUUGCGUAUAGUAGCUCUGUAUUUCAAGGUUUAUGUAACGAUUAUGGCCUUUUCUACCGCGCUACGCAUAAUUGCCCCAUGUACAUAGGAAAUCCUAUAGUACAUGAGACAGAUGCGCGUAUAGCGGCAGUUUACGUUUCUGAACUUAAAACACGUGUAUCUCACCCCUUAAAGUUGGAGAGAGAAUCGGCAAAAAUCUAAAACGAAAGACCUAUUUUUUUCCACUCCGAGUGUUAGAUCUUCAUAAAAAUCAAUCAGUUUAUGUAAAAUGUUGUUACAGUACUUCUGAUUGAUUUUUAUGAAGAUCUAACACUCGGUGUGGAAAAAAACUGCUUUUUUUUCGUUUUCGAUUUUUGCGGACUCUCUCCACAACCUUAAGUACGACAAGAAGUACGAAUUGGCUGUUAAUUGAUUCGAUUUUAGUAUAAGCUGCUUAAGCUUAAUGGUAGGUUUCAUUAUAUGCCAAUCAUUCUUUAGUGUCGGGACAAUGCCGAUUGUACACGCAAUAUGUGUGUAUUGUAUUACACUACGCUUUUAGUUCAUUUGAUUCAAAUUAAAACUGAUGUUUAUUGAUAUGAAUCGCGUGCUGAAUGUUUUGUUCAUUUAUUUUGUAUUUAAAUGUUUUAUAUGAUGUGCAUUAUUUUACUCACUUCCUAAAGUGCAAAUCAAGCGCAUGGACCUUCGUUUCCAAUAUAUGUUCUUCGACUCGGUGUUCUUCAAUUGUAAUCGAUAAACAAUAAAGCGUAAUAUACAAUACUGCCAACAAUGUAAAAUACAUAUACGAUAACAAAAAAAUAGCUCCACGAUUAUGAAUCAUCCUUUUUGACUUUCAGAGAUUUGAUUGUUUCUGCAAAAAUAUAGUUUGCGUUGUUAAAAUACCCUAUGCGCCGGUUUUAAUUUUUUUACUGUAAAAUCACUGUUUAAUUAGGUUAGAUCAACUGUUGCAAAACUUCAUUUGAACUGCAUUAUCCUAAUUCACAAACUUAAAUUAUGUUUCGAAUAUAAGUUUAAAUUUGUUCGAUGCGAAACGCAUGUUUAUUCUGCGUUUUAUAUAUUUUCAUAAAAUCUUCAGAUACAUUUUUUAACUAAAUCACCUCCUACUAAUUGAGACGGAUUGUUAAAUAAGGCUUACAAGUAAUAACUGAAUUGUAGAUGUGAUCCAUUUAUGCAGUUUUGGUAUAAAAUGCUAUCCAAUCACAUUGAAACACAUCUUUUUAAUCGAGGCCCCGAAAGCAAAUGUAACAAAGUUCGCUGUGAGAGGAAGAAAACAAAAGACUAAAAGUGAAUGUAUAUGUAAGAUAGAUGAACGAAGAAAAUAUAUUUCGGAUUCUUUUAUGUAACUUUUUAUUAAGACAAAAACAAACUGGUACAGAGCAUUUAUUGAAUCUACUUACAUUUAUCAAACAGAAAACCAAGUCGGCACAACAAAAUACUAAUACCUAAGUGGAAUAAAAAACAACAAAACACAAAAGAAGCAUCGUAAAACUUAUAAACACCCUGCAUCCCCCACAAGACAGCACAUAAGACAUUGUUCAAUAACCAGUUUUAGGAGGCAUGACAUAACAUUAAAAUUAGUGGAUAGAGCAGAGGAUUUUAGAAGCCAGACACCAAUUCAUCAAAUUGGAUGGUACUUGGUUCGGUUGAUCAUAAUUAAUUUUCAUCGAUGAUUUAUUCAUUCUAGUGAAUUCACCGUGCUUUUGUUCUGUUGGAAGAUCGAAAACUUUAGUUUAUGUAUUUUGAAGUAAUUCAUUUCUUUCGUCCGUUUGAACGAGUUAUGAACGAUGCAAAUGGUUUUUAUUCGUCUUUACAAAUGAUCUGUUUCCUAUAAAAAUUUAAUAUUUGCUAGAACAUUAGGAAUAAGGUAGAUAAAAUAGCUCAUAAUGUUAAGAUCAAACAAAACACUUGGCAUACUGAUGCCAUUUCAAAAAAUGACAAAAUAUAGAACACAUUUGGCCUGUGUUAAACGAUAAAGCAUCAAGCUCUAUUUUAAAUACAUGACCGAAAAACGCUAUCGUUUUAAUAUGCCAGGGAAAACAACAACUUAUCUUGAGAACUACAGCAGUAUUUCAAAGGAAAUUUGUUUCAUUGAUUGUAAUAGUAAAAUAGCGAAAAGUAAAUUUGGAACGCAAAGGUCUCAGAAAUAAUUUUGGCGUUCCGGUCAAUAUGGCUUAACACAGGUCAAUUUUAAAUCAAGCA